CACCCCUAAUCGCUAAGCCGCAGCAACACAAAGCUUCAGUUCAAUCGAGAAUGAUUGUCACCCUUCUCACUACGAUUGCCAGCCUGGCGGCUAUCGGCCAUGCCACGCCCCAGAAACGCGCGACAGACGCUUCGGCGUAUGCCUCCAACUCGGCCGGCACCUACAAACUCACCUCCAUCACAGCCCCGGUUCAAGGAAGUGGCAGCCCUGGGUCUGAGUCGACCUGGAAGCUCACCAUUGACGAUACCUCGUCGGGCCAUAAGCAGACAAUCACCGGCUUCGGAGCUGCCGUCACCGACGCGACCGUCACAUCUUUCAACACGCUCUCAGACGCGACGCUUCAGCAGCUCCUCAACGAACUGAUGACCAGCGAUGGCGCCCAAUUUUCCCUCAUGCGCCACACAAUCGGCGCCUCCGAUCUGUCAGGUGACCCAGUCUACACCUACGACGACAACGGGAACGAGGCCGACCCGACCCUCUCUGGGUUCAACCUCGGGGAUCGCGGCACCGCAAUGGCCGAGAUGCUCGCCACGAUGAAGUCACUACAGCCAGACCUCACCGUGCUCGGAUCCUCAUGGAGCCCCCCCGGCUGGAUGAAGCUCAACGGUGUGAUCGACGGAAACACCACCGACAACAACCUCAACGACGGCUACCUCACCAGCGGCGGCACGGGAAGCACGGGCUACUCCAGCGCAUUCGCCCAGUACUUUGUCAAGUACAUCCAGGCGUAUGAGGCCCUCGGCGCGACCGUCGACGCAAUCACCAUCCAGAACGAGCCGCUGAACAGCCAGUCCGGGUACCCGACUAUGUACGUCUUCGACUACGAAUCCGCACAGUUGAUUCAGGACUACGUCGGCCCUGCUCUCGCGGACGCAGGCCUGUCUACAAAGAUCUGGGCCUACGACCAUAACACAGACGUCCCCAGCUACCCCCAAACGGUCCUAAGCACCGCAAGCGAAUACGUCUCCACAGUAGCCUGGCACUGCUACGCCACCGACGUCGACUGGAGAGUCCUCAGCGACUUCCAGAGCGCCAACCCAUCCGCAACGCAAUACAUGACAGAAUGCUGGACGCCCGCAUCAGGGACAUGGCACCAAGCAGCCGACUUCACCAUGGGGCCACUACAAAACUACGCGUCAGGGGCAAUCGCAUGGACCCUAGGCACCGACACCUCGGACGGGCCACACCUAUCCAGCGGGGGCUGCGAUACCUGCCAAGGUCUAGUCACCGUCACCGACACCGACGAGGGAUACACCCUCAACACAGCAUACUACAUGAUGGCGCAGUUCAGCAAGUUCAUGCCCCCCGGCGCGAUCGUGUUGAACGGAACAGGCAGCUAUACGUAUUCCGGGGGCGGGGGGCUGCAGUCUGUUGCGUCGGUGAAUCCGGAUGGCACGCGCACGGUCGUCAUUGAGAAUUUGUUUGGGAAUGAGGUCUACGUUCAGGUUGAGAUGGGGAGUGGGGAGGUCUGGAGUGGCAGUGUCCCCGAGGAGUCGGUGACGACGUGGGUUUUGCCGGCUUCUGCGUAG